CAUUAGUCAUGAACUUGGGUCCUAUGUAACUUUCUUUCCCGCCAAGUCAGAAACUUUCACCACAAGCUCUCUAAUUUCCCUCUUAAAACCCACCAAAAUCAACACAUGACCACCAUAACUACCACCGCAAACCACCAUAAACCACCCAAUUGAUGUUAUCACUCAGGCCGUUUAUCAAACACUCUCUUCUUAAACCCUCAUCAUCAUCAUCAAAUCUAUCUCUAUUCUCUUCAAUCUUUCUCAAACCUCCUAAUCAUUCAUAUUCAACAAUCUUCAAAAUGUCACAAUCUCCUAAAAAGAAAAACGCAUUUGCUGUCAUGAUGGCAAAACGACCUAACCCUAAUACACAAAAAAACACCAAAACGACGUCGUCUCCUUCAUCUUCCCCUAAAAAACUCAAAACCCUAGAUUCAACUUCAAAGCCCCAAAUCAAUUCAACCCAAAUUACCAACCAACCCGACCCAAUUUCAAAUUCAAACAAAACCCACAAAAACCCCCAAAUACCCAUCACCCAGAAUGGGCUAAUUCAAGAUUCCCUAAAAAACCCUAAUCUUGAAAUUGAAAAUGGGCCUAAAGAAGAAGAAAAGGGUAUUAGUGUAGAUGAAAGUAUAGUUCAAUUGAAAACAAGCCCUGAAAAAUUUAACCCGAAAAAGGCGGGGUAUUGGGGUGUAGGAAAAAGGGUUCCUUUUUUGUUUCUUGCUAGGGUUUUUGAUGUAGUUGCGAAUGAAUCGGGUCGAAAUGCGAAUAUCGAUACUGUUUGUAAUAUGUUGAGGACUGUUAUUGAUGCUACACCUGAUGAUUUAGUUCAAAUUGUGUAUCUUUUAGCAAAUAGAAUAGCCCCAGCUCAUGAAGGGUUAGAGCUUGGUAUUGGUGAUGCUAGUAUUAUUAAGGCACUUGCCGAAGCUUGUGGUGCUAAAGAAACACAUAUCAAGAAGCAAUAUAAGGAAUUGGGGGACUUGGGUCUUGUUGCUAAAGCGAGUCGUUCGUCGCAACCUUUGAUGUGGAAACCGCAGCCAUUGACGGUGGCUAAAGUUUUUGAAACGUUUCGGGUUAUUGCCAAGGAAUCCGGCAAAGACAGUCAAGAUAAAAAGAAGAAUCACAUUAAGGGUCUUCUUGUUGCAGCUACUGAUUGUGAACCUCUAUAUUUGAUCCGUUUACUUCAGACCAAAUUGCGUAUUGGAUUAGGAGAGGAAACUCUCUUGACUGCCCUGGGACAUGCCAUAUACUAUACUAACAAACAUUCAUUGCCGCCAGCAAACGCAGGUUCAUCGACAGAGGAGGCUGCCAAAAUUGUGAAACAAGUGUAUUCUGUACUUCCUGUAUAUGAUAAAAUAGUCCCUGCUCUUCUUUCUGGUGGUGUAUGGAAUUUGCCCAAAACCUGUUUCUUCUCAUUGGGUGUUCCAGUUGGACCUAUGCUUGCUAAGCCUACUAAAGGAGUAUCUGAGAUCUUAGAUAAGUUUCAGAAUAUAGAAUUCACUUGUGAAUACAAAUAUGAUGGUGAACGGGCCCAGAUACAUUAUAUGGAGGAUGGGACGGUUCAGAUAUAUAGUAGAAAUGCUGAAAGAAACACUGAAAAGUUCCCUGAUGUUGUUGUUGCUGUUGCAAGAGUUAAAAAACCUAGCGUAACAUCGUUUGUUUUGGAUUGUGAACUGGUUGCAUAUGACCGUGAGAAGCAAAAAAUUCUUCCAUUUCAGAUUUUGACUACGCGUGCUCGCAAAAACGUUGUCAUGAGUGAAAUCAAGGUUGAUGUAUGCAUCUAUGCCUUUGAUUUGUUGUAUCUAAAUGGACAGCAGCUUUUGCAGGAACAGCUCAAUGUCCGUAGAGAGCGGCUGUAUGAAUCUUUUGUUGAAGAGCCUGGAUUUUUCCAGCAUGCAACAGCCGUGACGUCAAAUGAUCUUGAGGAAAUUCAAACAUUUUUAGACGCCGCAGUCGAUGCCAGUUGUGAGGGACUAAUUAUCAAAACUUUAACCCGGGAUGCUACAUAUGAGCCUGCAAAGCGAUCAAAUAACUGGCUCAAGCUAAAGAAAGACUAUAUGGACAGUAUUGGUGACUCGUUAGAUUUAGUACCAAUUGGUGCCUUCCACGGAAAAGGAAAACGUGUAGGUGGAUAUGGUGCCUUCCUGCUUGCUUGUUAUGACUAUGAUAAGGAUGAAUAUCAAACCAUUUGCAAGACAGGCACUGGAUUUUCUGACCAAGUGCUCGAGGAGAGGUCUGAUAGUCUUCGUGCUAAAGUGAUCCCGAGUCCAAAGUCAUACUACCGAUGCGGUAGCAUAAAUCCCGAUGUGUGGUUUGAGGCAUCUGAGGUUUGGGAGGUUAAAGCUGCAGACUUGACCAUCAGCCCUGUUUAUUGUGCUGCAAUUGGUGCGGUUGAUCCCAAUAAGGGUAUAUCACUACGAUUUCCACGAUUACUUCGUGUUCGAGAUGACAAAGGCCCAGACGAAGCUACAUCUGCGGAGAUGGUUGCUGACAUGUAUAAUGCUCAGAAACAUACUCAAAGUAGCAAUAAAAAUAAUGAUGAUGAAUGAGAAUACAUUCAAGCAUGUGUUAUGCAAAUUUAUAGUUACUGGGUGGUUGACGGAUUACCAUCUGCGCCAAGUGGCUUUUGACCCACUAGCAUCGUUCCCCAAGACCUGUUUGUCGUGGGCUCAAGUCUCAUCAUGAAGGUGAAGAUUUGUUGUGUAAUGUAUGAGCUUAGCAGUAGUAGUAGAAGUAGUUUUGACUCUUGUUUUAAAUAAAUAUAUAAAAUGUGUCAUAAACACUAACGUGUGUUUGUUCUAUAGGAGCUGUUUUUUUUUA